AUGGCAAACCCACUUGACACCGAUGCAGGCUCUGAGCUCUUUAGCACCUAUGAAGCCGAGUUGAAACUCGUCCAGGCAGACGUAAACCAGAAACUGGAUCAGAUUCCCGAACUCGCGGGGGAGGAGAGGAAAGCUGUGAUCCGGGGUGCGGAGAGAGCCAUCGAUGAGGCCAAGGAGUUGCUCGACCAGAUGAACCUGGAAAAAUCAAACAUUCCGACCUCCCAGCGGAGCAAAGUAAACUCGCGCUUCCGUAACCAUCAGUCCGACAUCGACACCCUCCAACGCAAAUUGAAGUCACUCGUCGAGUCUGAGCGCAAGCAACUCUUCGGCGAUAGGUACACGGAUGACCCCGAAACCGGUCCUAGAGAUGCACAGUUGGAGCAACGUCAGCAGCUUCUGUCUGGCACCGACCGGUUGGGCAGGAGUUCAGACCGGUUAAGAGAGUCGCAUCGGAUAGCAUUGGAGACGGAACAGAUCGGGGCAUCUACGCUAGCAGAUCUUCAUCAGCAGAGGAAUGUGAUUGAAAACACGCAUCGAAAUCUACUGCAGAGUGAAGGUUACGUGGAUCGGAGCGUUAAAACCUUGAGGGGAAUGGCGCGCAGGAUGGCUACGAAUCGGGUGAUUACCAUCGCCAUCAUUACUGUGCUUGUGCUGCUUAUUAUUGGCGUAAUAUACAGCAAGUUCAAGUGA